AGCAUGGAGAGAAGUAGAAACAGAGCUGGGCCCCGGGUUUUCCCAGGAGCCUGGAGCAGGGCCCUCCCCUCCCUGUCUCCUUGCUCAGCAGCGUGCCUGGUGCCAGCUGGUGCCCAGCACAGGACUGUUGCAUGAAUGAAGGAAUGAUUGGGUGCAUUCCAGAAUGCCAUGCUUCUCAGGAAGGAGGAGAAGGGAGUGCUCUCCCUCGUUCUUGGGUGUCUUUCCUAAGGAAAGCCCUUCUCCUUCAGUGGUCAGCUAACUACUCCUCCAUGAAGCCAUCCCUGAUUCCUACUCCAGCCCCCAAGGAAGAGGAACACUCGACUGGUAAGGGGAGAAAUGCCUCAAAUGAGCAUAUGCACAACUUCAGUAAACAUGCUGUGCAUGUAGCCCCUCCCAAGUGCCUGCAGGCCACCACGCAAGCGGACAGCCCUGGACAGCCCGCCCCUAGGGAAGAAUCAAGGGAGAAGAAACAGAAACUCUGAAACUGUGCUAGUAUAUAAAACCCCAAGUCAAGGGCUGAAUGGCACACUUGGAUCUCUCAAGUCACCUGCUUGGCCCCCUUCCAAGUGUACUUUACUUCCAUUUGUUCCUGCUCUAAAACUUUUUAAUAAACUGUCACUCCUGGUCUAAAA